UAGAAUGAAAAAAAGAAUUUAUUUAUUAAUUUUCCCUUUAUUUUUAUUUUCUUUUUUAUUCUUUUUAGAAGAUGGCGACGAAAAAACAUUUAGAAUCAGACUAUCUCCAACAGGUCGAAUAUUUUGUACAGAAAAACUAGGAUGUUCCUAUCCAAAGGCGAAAAGUUUGAAUUUUGUAAUUGUUGGAGAUAUUGGAGGUUUACCAAUUUACCCAUACUAUUCUUAUGCUCAAAAAAGAGUAACAGAAGCAAUAUCCAAUGUAGUUUUAGAACAAGGAGAGCCUCUUAAUUUUGUAAUUAAUGUUGGAGAUAAUUUUUAUUUUAAUGGAGUUUCUGAUAUUUUUGAUUCUCGAUUUGAAGAUUCUUUUGAACAAGUUUAUGAUGACGAGAAUCUUUUAGUUCCUUGGUAUACAAUUGCUGGAAAUCAUGAUCAUUUGGGAAAUAUUUCUGCACAACUUGCCCAUACAAAUUUUAGCUCUAAAUGGACAUUUCCUCAUCUUUUUUAUAAAAUUCGAAUUAUUUUUGAUUUUCAAAAUUUAACUGAAUCUCCCUCAAAGCCAGUAAUUUUUGAGAUUUUAAUGAUUGAUACAAUUGUUCUUUGUGGAAAUACUGAAGAUAUUCAAGGAAAGAGUUUAUUUAGUUGGAUGUUUUCAAAGAAAAGAGAACCUAAUGGACCAGAACCGAAAUAUGAGAAAUUAGCUAAAAAACAGUGGAAAUGGAUUGAAAAACAAUUGGAGAAUUCAAAUGCAGAUUAUUUAUUUGUUGCCGGUCAUUACCCAAUAUAUUCAACUUGUGAACAUGGUGGAUUUAAAUGUCUUCAACAAUUAGAUAUUCUUUUAUAUAAAUUUGGAGUUAAUGCCUAUUUUUGUGGUCAUGACCAUAAUUUACAGCAUAUAAAAAUUGAAAAAGAAAAUUUGGAUAAAAAUCAUAUUGAAGAGGAGGAAGAAAAGACUUUUGUAAAUUAUAUUGUUUCUGGGGCAGCUUCAAGAUCUGAUAGAAGUGCUAAACAUUUAAAUGAUAUUUCUGAAGAUUCUUUACUUUUUAGAUAUCCAACUGGUUGGAAUCCAUUUUCUCAAAUUGGAUUUUCUAAUGGUGGUUUUGUGCAAGUACGUGUGGAACGAAACCAAAGUGAAGUAAACUUUUUUGAUGGAAAAAGUAGAAAAAGAUAUUCUUUCCAAAUUGGACCAAGGAAAAAAAGAAAAUAA